CGGCAUCAGCCCAACCGAUAAACAAGGAGCAAAAACGUGCGCCCGCGCAGAUCCGCUUCAUUCCAUUCCACUCCGCGCGAUUGGAUCAGUUCGUUCGCCUCUCUCGCUUUUACGUUCAGUUGUUCACUCGCCUCCGUCGCGUUAACACACUCAGCGUGACUCGCACUAUGUUCCAGCAAAACAACAACACAUAAAACUUCCAAAAUGAAGCCAAAUCGGUUAUAACGUUUCUUAAAACCCAUUAUAUUUAGAUCGAAUAUUUUAUUUUUGUGAUAUUUAGUUAGUAUCUUUUGUUUUAUUUAUAUCAUUACCAUGGGUUAUUAUAUUAAAUAAAUAUUUUAUUACUUAAUUAAAAAUAGUGCUCAAGAAAAUCUCAUUCCAAAACGCCCAGUAAAUCAAAUUUAGUCUGAUAGUUCGUUAAAUAAUAAAAUUACAAUGACAGCAAAAACUCGUUCACAUUGGAAGGAAUAUGGAACAGCAUUCUGUGCAACACUCAUCACUGCAACAGCGGGAACUUGCUACGGUUGGCCAUCGCCCACUUUACCUUAUCUAAAAUCAAAGGAAAGCGAUAUAAAGACAUCGGCAGAUGAAGCGUCAUGGAUUGUCUCAAUAAUGAUCCUGUGUUCAGCCCUAACGCCUAUUCCUUCUGCAUACUUCGCCGACCGCUUUGGGAGAAAAACCUGCCUACUUCUUGGAGCAAUACCCUUUAUAAUCGGCUGGGUGCUGGUCAUCGUAGCCAAGUCGGUAUCCGUGCUAUACGUCGCCCGCAUGUUCUCCGGCCUCGGAUAUGGCAUAGUGUACACAGUUGCCCCAAUGUACACAGGAGAAAUUGCCACGAACGAAGUCAGAGGCGCGCUCUCUACCCUCAUUACAUUAAUGAACAAGGUCGGUAUUCUUGCCCAGUACUGCAUCGGCCCCUUCGUUUCGAUGCGUACCUUAGCAGCCAUCAACUUGAUCCUGCCAAUUUCCUUCGUAAUCACAUUCAUCUUUGUACCUGAAUCACCAUACUACUACUUGAAAUUUGAACGCAGCGAAAGAGCAGAAAGAUCGCUACGACAUUUGAGGAGUGGUGAUAUAAGACUAGAAUUGAAAAAUAUAGAAGUAAGUGUGCAAGAAGAUAUGAAAAAUAAAGGGACGUGGAGUGAUCUGAUCCGCGAGGCCACUAAUAGGAAAGCGUUAUGGAUAACUUUGGGUGUGUUCACCAUUCAGCAGCUUUGUGGCAGCGCUGCAGUCGUUGCAUAUGCUCAAGACAUCUUCUCGGUCACAGGAAGUAAAAUAGAGGAUUACAAAGAAUCUAUUAUCCUAGGAUGUGUACAAGUGGCUACAUGUUGUCUAUCAGUUGUCCUCGUGGAUCGCCUCGGCAGGAAACCACUUUUAGUGCUAUCCUCACUCGGAGUGGGAUUGAUGAACGGAACGAUUGGCACCUACUUCUAUUUCUACGCCCAAAAUAAGGAAGAUGUAGAGCACCUUCACUGGCUGCCAAUAACAGCAAUUCUGAUCUACAUCGUAUGCUAUGCUAUUGGUUUGUCGACAGUGCCUUACGUGAUUAUUGGAGAAAUGUUCCCGACCAAUGUCAAACUCUACGCAUCUUGUGUCGCCCAUAUUUAUACCGGAAUCUCUAUGUUCACGGUCCAAAAACUGUUCCAGGUCGUCAAGGACGCCUGGGGUAUUUACACAGUAUUCUGGGGCUUCUCCUUAUUCUCAAUGCUGGGUCUGAUGUUUAUGCUGAUCGUGCUCCCAGAAACCAAGGGCAAGUCCUUUGCCUGCAUCCAAGCUCAGCUCAGAAGGGACGUCGCGAAAGACAAUGCUAGGAAACUUAUAACUGUCGAGUAUUAGGUAUAUUAGCCUCAGAGACCGGUAUAAGAUUUCCCAUGGAUGGCAUACAUUGAAUAGUUGGUGUUCGGUGUGGCUCAGAACUUAGUACUGACACGAAAGACGCUGUUUAUUAAACAUAUUCUAAAAACUAAAUGUGAAUGUGCUAUGCCUACAUGUAAAUAAACUUUUCUCGUGUAGGUAUUAAUUAGGUAAUGAUGAAAACCGCAUUGAAAUCAGAUACGAAGUUUAGAAGUUAUAGAGGAAAACGCAGAAAGGUGCGGAUUGCGACUUUGUUUAAUACAUAAUUUAUUAAUAUAAUCAUGAUAUGAGCUAGGGUGUGAAAAUAAUUUGUACAAAGGACUGAACAUUAUAAAUAGUACUUACUUUAUAUACGUUUAUUAUUACUAAGAAGUAUUUAAGUUUUGAAUAUUAAAUAAAAUAUUAAGUU